AUGUCUGCGACCGCGACAGAUGCUGCCUUGCCCGUGUGCCCCGCACCCUGGGACCUGACGGGCGAAGGCUGGAUCUUCCCCAUCUCCACGCCAUUCUCGAAGACGCCCAUUCCCCUCCCCGACGGAUCCUACGCACCUCUUGAGACGGGCACGAGCGCAGACCAGGGCAAGCGUUUUCAUGGCGGCGUUGGGAUGGUCAUGAUCGUGCGGUACACGUCGGACGAAGCUGGACCCUACGACGAGCUUAUGUACAUCCCUGGGCUCUUCAGUCGAGCUGGCGCAGAGAACGGCGAGGAGCCGAAAUAUCACUUGGCCAUCUCGCGUAUCUACGUGAGCACCGACGCGAGCGUUGCAAACGGCCGCAGGAACUGGGGCAUUCCGAAACACCGCGCCGAAUUCUCCUUCACGCCCUCGACGACGUCGCGCGGCUCGACCCUUCUCACCGUCUCGCACCCUUCGUCUCCCUCGCAACCCUUCUUCCGCUGCCUCCUCCGCGACUCGCGUGCGACACCCUUCGCUCUCCCCGUCUCGACAACGUGGCUCGACUGGCGCAUCUCGCAGAGUCUGAUGUCGGGCUACGAAGCUGCGCUCGUCCAGCCUCCCGUUCCCGCCGCCUCGUCCACCUCCUCCGCAACGCUUGAAGUCCUCAAAGAGUCCGGUCAAAACGUGCACGCUCUUGUUGCCAGUGACAAGACCUACGUUGUCGAGCCCGCCGCCUCUGGCUGGUCCAAGUUGACGACGAUGGAGCCGGCGCCUGAGGACGGCGCGGACGAAGACUGGUCCGGCUUUGGCGACGGCAAGGGCUUCCCCAAGUUCAAGCUGUGGUCGAACAAGCUGAACGUGCACAUGACGAGCUUCAGGAUGUCGUUCCCGGUGCCGGAGGUCGUUGACGGCCUUUGA